GUGGUACUUAGUACUGAUAGCCAUGGCGCUUCCGUCAACAGCUUCCUUCUUCCGACGUCGCCCUCAUGGUGCUCCAGCUGCUCAAGCAGACCAAAAGCUUUGGCGGCCUCGUCCAGCACUUUGCGCAUGAGAGCACAGCGACGCGGUCGCGCAUGCAGCUCUCGGUCUUCCUGCCACCCAAUGCGUCAUUGAUGGCCAAGGUGCCGGCCCUCGUCUUCUUGGCGGGCGCCGCCCGCGACGAGCACACGCUCAUGACCUUUGGCGGUCCGCAGCGCAUCGCAGCAGCCUACGGCAUCGCCCUCAUUGCGCCCGAUACUAGUCCGCGGGUCAAGCGCGGCGCGAGCCAUUGGUGCUACGGCCCAGGUGCAAGCUGGUAUGUGGACGCGACCGAGCCGCGCUGGGCCGACAACUAUCAAAUGUACUCGUACAUCACCAAGGAGCUGCCGACGCUUCUAAACGCGCAGCUGCCCAUUGCGCAAGACAAGUACUCGAUCAUGGGUCACUCGAUGGGCGGUCACGGCGCGCUCAUGCUAGCGCUCAAGAACCCUGAACUAUACCACUCGGUGUCGGCGCUCGCGCCCGCCAGCAGCACGAUCCGGAGCUCGUAUGGUGCCAAGGCGCUUCAAAUGUAUCUGGGCGAUGACGUGGCAGCGUGGAAGGCGUGGGAUGCGACCGAACUCGUGCUGGCCAACGGACCCGUCUCGAAAUACAACAUUUUGAUCGACCUUGGCGCGGACGACGAGUUCUGGCACGACGACGUCCAGCUGCAUCCCGAAGCUUUCGAGGCGGCGUGCAACCAGGUCGGCCAACGCCUCACCUUUCGAGCCCAGGAUGGCUAUGACCACUCGUGGGACUUUGCCGCCACGUUCAUGGAAGACCAUAUCCGCCACCAUGUCGAAGCGCUGCACUCGGCUUCGUCGUAGAACCUCCAUCUUUGCACACAAUCCCAGCUGCAAUUGUAUCACGCAGCAUACAUGCUACGAAAUACACUAGAAAAUAGCCUAAAUGUGGAAUGUUUCGUAAAGAACAACUAGAAGCUCAUUUUCAUAUAGAUC